CAAGUCAUAGAAUGAGUCCUAUCAUCUAUGCUUCUUCUCUUCUCUCUCACGUUGCCACCCCAUCAAGAAAUCUCUCUCUCUCUCUCUCUCCAUGUUCCUUCAUUCAAUGUACUUACCAUAAACGGUUGAGUCUUAAACAACUUAUUUCUGAUUUCUAUGUAUCUCGGAUAACGUUGGACAGAUUGAUCACUUACACGACCUAAAACCACUUCUAGAUUUGGUCCUUUAUGUUUUUGGCAUUAGUUUGUUGAGUACUUCACAUUACCACAUUGUUGUUAUUCCUUUUUCUGCAAAUACUUUUAACAUUUUUCUUUUUGAAGAGAUACAUUUUAUUCCUGCAUUUGGAUCUCUUUUUAUGUAUUGGUGAUUUACCAAGAUGUCAAAAUUUGAGGGUGUUAUUGUAUCUGAUCAAUUGCUUCAAAGCCAGUUUACACAGGUUGAACUUCGCAGCCUUAAAUCAAAAUUUAUCUCUUUCAAAAAUCAGAAUGGUAAAGUUACAUAUGGAGAUUUACCAUCUUUAAUGAUGAAGCUAAAGGCAUUCGUAGAUAUGUACAGUGAAGAUGAGAUUAGGGGGAUCUUGAAUGAAUCAGGCAAUGAUUUUACAACUGAUGUUGAUUUUGAAGCCUUCUUAACGGUAUAUUUGAAUUUGCGAAGCCUAGCUACAAAGAAACAGGGUGGAUUGAAGCACUCCUCAUCAUUCCUUAACGAAAGCAUAACUACCCUUCUUCACACGAUUAGUGGAUCAGAAAAGGGCUUCUAUGUUGCUCACAUAAACAGCUACCUUGGUGAUGAUCCAUUCUUGAGUCAAUAUCUUCCUUUGGAUCCAGCUACAAAUGAUCUAUUUGAUCUUUCAAAAGAUGGCAUUCUUCUGUGUAAGCUUAUCAAUGUUGCUGUGCCUGGGACUAUAGACGAGCGAGCCAUCAAUACAAAACGAAAUCUUUCUCUUUGGGAGAGAAAUGAGAACCAUACUCUAUGCCUCAAUUCGGCCAAGGCUAUUGGAUGCACAGUUGUUAACAUUGGCGCACAGGACUUGGUUGACGGAAGACCUCAUCUUGUUCUAGGGUUGAUUUCCCAAAUCAUAAAGAUCCAACUUCUGGCAGAUCUUAGCCUUAAGAAGACACCUCAGCUUGUGGAAUUGGUUGAUGAUAGCCAGGAUAUUGAAGAGCUUCUUAAUUUGUCUCCUGACAAGGUUCUACUAAGAUGGAUGAAUUUUCAUCUCCAAAGGGGAGGUUACCAGAAAACAGUCAAGAAUUUUUCUUCUGAUUUGAAGGAUGCAGAGGCUUAUGCAUAUCUUCUCAAUGUCCUUGCUCCUGAACAUUGCAGCCCUGCCACCUUGGAUACUAAAGAUGCCAAUGAAAGAGCAAAUCUUGUGCUUGAGCAUGCAGAGAGAAUGGGCUGCAAAAGAUACUUGAGCGCAAGGGACAUUACCGAGGGCACCUCAAAUCUUAAUCUUGCAUUUGUCGCACAAUUAUUUCAUCACAGGAGUGGCCUAUCGACCGAUACUAAAAAGAUGUCAUAUGCUGAGAUGAUAACAGAAGAUGUGCAAACAUGUAGAGAAGAGAGAUGCUUUAGGAUGUGGAUCAAUAGUCUUGGAAUUUCUACUCGUGUAAAUAAUCUAUUUGAGGAUGUCAGAAACGGAUGGAUACUUCUAGAAGUUCUAGACAAGAUUUUUCCUGAAUCAGUUAACUGGAAACAGGCAACAAGGCCUCCAAUUAGAAUGCCAUUUAGAAAAGUAGAGAACUGCAAUCAAGUCAUAAGAGUCGGUAAACAACUAAAAUUCUCACUAGUCAAUGUAGCUGGCAAUGAUAUUGUGCAAGGAAAUAAGAAGCUCAUUCUUGCUUUAUUGUGGCAGUUGAUGAGAUUCACAAUGCUUCAACUGUUGAGAAAUUUGAGAUCUCAUUCCCAAGGAAAGGAGAUAAGUGAUGCUGAUAUUCUUAAAUGGGCAAACAGAAAAGUGAAUAGCAUUGGAAGAACGUCUCGCAUUCAGAGUUUCAAGGAUAAGAGCUUGUCAAGUGGACUCUUCUUCCUGGAGCUUCUCAGUGCAGUAGAGCCAAGGGUUGUCAACUGGAACCUAGUGACAAAGGGUCAAAGUGAUGAUGAGAAGAAGUUGAACGCCACUUACAUAAUCAGUGUCGCACGAAAGCUUGGUUGUUCCAUAUAUCUGUUACCUGAGGAUAUUAUGGAGGUUAAUCAGAAGAUGAUUCUGACUCUUGCAGCCAGUAUAAUGUAUUGGAGUCUCCAACAACAGACCGAAGACGAAGAUUCAUUUCCUUCACCUGCUAGCACUCUCACUACCAACACACCUGAAGCUUCCCCUGCCCCUUCCGUUUGCGGUGAAGAUGAAAGUUAUUCAUCCCUUAAUGGUGAUUUAUCCAACUUGAGUGUUGACGAUACCACUUCUGAUACAACAGUCUCUUCACAACUUGAAUUUGAUGGCGUUGCUGUCGGUGAUGAGUUAUAUUGAGUUCAUUUUGCAAAACUUUCACCACAUCCAUGAUAUAAUGUUUUUGUUAGAACCAGAAUGAAUAUAUAUAUAGCUUGAGAAAAACCUCAAGCUACAUGCCAAAGAUGUCACAUGUGUAAUGUAUAAACCUAUAGAAUAGAUAGAAUAGAUGUGAAUAGCAUGUACAAAAAUGUCCUUAGAAAUGUGCAAAAUGAGAGGCAAAAGAAUAAGGGAAAGAAAUGAGAGAGAUCAAUAAGGGUUUCUAAAGUUUAGACAACAACUCCCAUAUAGUUGUAUUUUUCCUUUUCAUGUUGGUUCCAGUUCCACCACUGGAUUUGUAUUAUGUCAUUAUUAACCAAUAAUAAGACCUUUAACCUCAAAGUUAAUGUAUUUUAAA